CAAGUGCCCGACACAUAUUAAUGAGCUAAGGUAGCUGAGCCCUGCCACUACUCAUUAAAAUGCCCGCAAAGACCGUGGUUUCAUCUUCCACAGAUAAGGCUCAACAUGCAUUCUUCCCAUAUGCAAGGUACACCUCCGUCGUAGGCGUGCACACCAGCCUCGUAGCAUUCACAGCCCUCUUCCUACCCCAGACAUCUCUCUUACUCUGGCCAUCGCUCGCAGACCCCGACCGUCCAGAAACCCAGUUUAAAGACGCACUGACAGAUAACCCAGUCGUCACGCUCGCCUGGAUCGUCGCAGGGCUGGUAGUCCUCCAAGUAUGGUGGGCGGGGUGGAUCAGACAUUGGUGUUUCGAAUAUACUUCUCGUGCUGCUUCGAGCGAUCAGAUUAAAGUGGAUAGGUAUCAGUUCAAUCAGGGGAGAUUCUCGAAAUUAGGGAGAGCGGCUGUCUUCACUUCGUGUGUAGCCUUGGUGUUCCAUGCAACUAUAGUAUUGUUCGGUGCUCCUUCUGCAAGCCACCUCCCUCAUACAUUCUUGCUGGCGAUCGUUCUAGCACUGCUAUCCGUAUUCGCACCAGCCUAUGCACUGGGUUACCCCUCGUUCUCUUCCGACACUUCGUCCUUCAUCACCAGACUUAACUGGACACGUUUAUUCGCUGAGCUUUCUCCGCGAAAUCCGAUAGAAAGAGCUCUGGUUUAUCCCGCUGUCGCGACUCUUCUUGGCGCUUGGCUCGGUGCUUUUCCAAUCGCACUGGACUGGGAUCGGCCAUGGCAGGCCUGGCCGUUGACGCCUCUCUUUGGAGGGAUCACAGGCUAUAUAGUCGGAUCUCUCUCAGCACUUUCCGUCAGCGCACUAAAAUGGCUAGCCGAGGAGAAUAUCAGAAGAGAACAAUCGGAGAAGCAGAAAACCACCUGAAGCACCGAUUGCGAUUCUAGUUCCUUAUUUAAAUCGAGUUCUAAUACCUAUAAAUCACUCUUACUGAUGCCCUUCUAUGCGUGUAUGUAUGAGGUCGGCCUCCCUCAGGAUUUGUUUCUAUCUCGUUGUACAUUUCGUUUCGUGUGUGCCGGAUCACCAUCUAGCAUUUUUACGCAGGUUCCUGCACAGAUAGCAGU